AUGAAAGAAAAUAAAAUUCAAGUUGAGUCGCGAAAUGGCCUUUUCCUGCCAAAAUUACCUCCUAAAAUAAAAGAAAUAAAUGAAACUACUUCAAAUAAAUUUUUUGAAUUAAAAAAAAUGGAAAUGACUGAUGACGCUCUUGGAGAAGUUUGUCAAAUGCUUAAUUGGACUUCAUUUUCUUUUGAUGAGUAUAUGGAAGGAUUAAUAGCUCCUAUUCCGUUGCAACAACCUGUUUAUAAAGAGCCUAAAUUAUCAGAUUUAGUAACUUUAAAUGAAAAUACAGAAGAGAUUGAUGUUAUAUCUCUUCCCGAAAAUUUCUGUCAAAUCCUUGAAGAAGAUUUUUAUUCAACAAAUAAAGUAAAAAAACCAACAAGUUAUCCACCUGCAUUACCUAAAACUAAACAACUUAAAAAUUAUAUUAUUAAAAAAUCAAUGAAAUUCUUGAUUUUUAUGAUUAUUUUUGUUGUUUCAAAAGGUCUUGAACCAAUUGAAGUGGCAACUGAAGAAAAUGGAUGGAAAACUUCCCGUGUUCGGAUUGCACGAAGUUUAGAUAAAGAAGAAUUGAAUAAUACAGUUGAAGAUAAAUACGAUAGAUUUAAUAGAAAUGAAAAUUCAUAUGAUGAUGCAACAUUAAGAUCACGUGUUUACGAAAAAGAAAUGGCUGAAAGAGACAAAUCACAAAUUAAAGCCAGAGAUGAAUAUCGUAAAAGAGCACAUUUAUACAAUGAGAAAUGGAGGAAAACAAAUGUCAAUGGUCAUUGGAGUGGAAAACAAUUUGAUAAUAACAGAGAUAAUUUUAAAGAAAACACAAACCGUUUAACUUCAAGUGGAAUUGAUGUUAGAAAAGAUUCAGGAAUUUCUAUGAACCCUUCUUCAUCAAAACCAAGUCCACAAUUCGCACAACCUUCAUUAGCAUCUCAAUCAAAAAGUAUUAGCGAAAUUACUGCUGAACGACAGGCUGCUAACACUAAUUCUAUUAAUAGCCAAACUUCUAAUUCAUUAAAUAAUACUAGUAAUACUAAUAAUAAUUCUAACCAAUUAUCUAAUACAACAAACAAUACUAAUCUCAAUAAUAGUACACAAUUAAACAACAAUGGAACACAAUUAAAUAAUAGUACACAAUUAAAUAAUGGAACACAAUUAAACAACACUACACAACUAAAUAAUGGAACACAGUUAAAUAAUGGAACACAACUAAAUAAUGGAACACAGUUAAAUAAUAGUACACAGUUAAAUAAUAGUACACAGUUAAAUAAUAGUACACAACUAAAUAAUAGUACACAACUAAAUAAUGGAACACAACUAAAUAAUGGAACACAACUAAAUAAUGGAACACAACUAAAUAAUUCAAAAAGAUCGAGUAAUAUUAUGCAAUCAAAAGGUACAACUAAUUUAAACAAUUCAAAUAUAUUAAAUAAUUCCUCAAAUAAAAUUUCUUCUGAUGGAAAUGGAAAUGUAAAAAAUAACAACAAGAGAGCUGUAAAUAAUAAUAGCAUUGGUAUGAAUGGUAUUCAAGAAUCUAACGUUACACCAUUUGGAGGAUAUGCUAAUAAUAAAGUGAAUGGAAAAUACAACAGUGAUUCAAAUCAAAACAAAAGUCCUGGUAGUCUUAUUAAUGAAUUUAAUAGAAAUAACCCGACUAACAUUAUUCCUAGAGAUAAACAAAAAGAAACUAAUGAAUUAAAUAAAAACAACCAAGAGAGUAGUGGAAAAGGAACAAGUAAAAACUACUCAAAUAACCAAAAUAGAAACAAUAAGUAUAACAAUGAACAGAGCAAUUCUAAUACAAAGAAUAAUGAAAAAUAUAAUACUCAGUUAUCAAAUAAUCAUUAUAAAACUCAAGACCAAAAAAAUAAAAAUGACAAUAACAAAAAAGAAAUGGAUCCAAACAAUAAUCCUGUUAUAAAUGAAAUUGACAGUAUCAUCAAACAAAAUGCUCAAACAAAUAAUGAGAAUGUUAAAAUGAUGAAACAUGUGAAAAAAGAUUUGGAAAAAGAAACUGAAAAGACUAGAGCUAAACAUAAAAGAUCAGAAGAAUGGAAAAAAACUCAAAAGUUAUUGGGAAAGACAAACCAACUUAUAGGAACAAUAAACAAAAUGGAAGAAGAAAAGAGUAAAACCAAAAAACAACAAAAUGAAGAAAUAGUACCAAUUCUUUAUAAAAAUAAUGGUCCACAUGCAAAUGAUCCAAAAUAUAAAUCUGGAUAUAAUAAUCAAUUAAGACAUGCUCAUGACAACCAAAACGAAAAUAAUGAACGGGCAGAUAAACUUUAUGAGGAAUAUCAAAGAAAAUUCUUCCCAUACCGAAAGGCUCAUAAAAGAGUAAGGGGAUGGGUUAAUAAUGCACCAAGAAGUAAAUAUAGACCUAAACCAAUAUAUUAUAGAAAAUAUAAAAGAGUAGUAAAACAAGUAAAGCCAGUUCAAUAUGACUAUUAUACAGAAGAAUAUAAUCCAAGAAUUGACCCUAAGAUGACAUCAUUUUUAAAUGAUGAUAGCUGGAAGAAAAGAAUAGAUAUGGAAUGGAAAAGAAAAAUUUCACAAAAAUUCCAAACAAACGAACAUGAAGAAAUAAAAAAAGAUAUUCACACAUUAGAAAUAGAAGAAAAAAAAGCAUUAAAAGAAAUUAAAAAGAAAAUGAAACAAGCUGAAAAAGAAAUUGAAAUUAGAAGUAGUGCAUUAAGAAAACAACUAAUGAAAGAAAGAGAACAAAAUGAAUUAAAACUACAACGUAUGUUAAAUAAGAAAGCAAAAGAAUUUGCUGUUCAACGUAAUGAAUUAAAAAAAGAAUUUAAAAAAACAAUGUUAAAGGCAUUUAAAAAAGUACAAAUGAAUUACAUCCAAAAUGAAUCAAAUUUUGUUGAUUAUGCAAAAGAAAUUAAAACAUUAAAACUAUUAUCUUCAAAGGUAUUGAAAAAUUUAAAAAAUGAAGAUGAAGAACAACCUAUUUCAUUAAUAAUUUAA